GCCAUUUGGUGUUGGUUAAGGAAGCAUUGAGCAUUUGAUCUGAUUAGAUAACAGUUAGGCAAAAGCAUGGUGCUGCCGCUUUUAAAGCUUGGGACGCUGUUGGUGAAAACCCUCAGCAAACCAGUUGCGAGUAGGUUGAAGCAGCAAGCUGCUAUUCACCCCAGGUUCCGCCAACUCAUCAUUAAUAUGGCUCAGUUUAAUCAUCAAGUCACAACAAAGAUGCAAAGGCGCAUCUAUGGCCAUGCAACGGAUGUUGAGAUUCGCCCUUUGAAUGAGGAAAAAGCAGUUCAAGCUGCUGUAGACCUUAUUGGAGAACUCUUUGUCUUCUCGGUGGCGGGAGUUCUCUUAAUCUUUGAGGUACAAAGAAGUGCUAGAUCUGAAGCAAGAAAGGAGGAGCUACGAAAGCAAGAGCUGGAGGCUGUUAAGCAAAAAAAUGAGGACUUGGCAAAAGAGGUAGAACUUUUUAAGCAGAGACUUCAAGAACUGGAACAACUGGCCAGGGGACGAGGACUCACUGGCAUUCUAAAUUUCGGACUCGGUAAUACAGAAAAUGGAAAGACAGGGAAAACUGCUUGACCUGAUGAAGAGGAUAAUUAUGCACCACAUUUUUUCAUCUAUCAAUUUCUCUAUUUGUAUUAAGGAUAUCUCGUUGAUGAGAGAUUCCUAGGUUGUGUGGGAUGGAUAUUGACGGACAUCACAAACACAACUGUGCAGCACAAGUGGGUGAGUGACAUUACAAUUUUUUGUGUAGUUAGCUUAUUCAUGACCGAUUCGCAGGAUUAAAAAUUUUGUAAUAUCUAUGGAUAGAAUAAAGCAAAAUUUAUAACAAUAUCCUUUGUGGUGUACAUUGUUUUGAGUGCAAUAAAGUUGAGAUCAUAAUGGGAUAGGGGUUACUGGUCCUUUUCU